AUGGGUGAUAGCAGCGGGCCUGCUAUGCUUGGUUACGACCGACUUCUUCAAUUCCCAGCAGUUGGAAUUCUGUUCGGACCUGUUGGGCUGGAUGCUGCUGCCACUCAGACUCAGCCUGUGUCUAAGCUGGCUCUAUGGGUUGUCGCUCUGAACCUGGGCAUCUUUUCUUGGUUCAAAGCCGAGUACGGCAUGGUUGGACUUUUGCUUGGCCUGACGCCGUUGCUUCUUGUGGCCCAGAAGUGUCUUGGCUAUGAUCGUCGCACCUUAUCAGGAGCCAACCCAAUGAUUUUCUCUGCUUUUGUCGACACAAUUUGGGGCACAACUACGGUAGCACUGUUUCUUAUAGGGGUCUUAUCGGAUUGGGACCCCCGACUAUACGCCUUUUCAACCAUCCCUUUUGUUGGCGUUCUGAUCGUUUUCGUGACUCUUACGCAUCAGAGCUCUCGAAGUUUUCGCUCGCUUGAUGUUGAAGAGACGGUUGGACCUCUUUCAGCACGUGUUACGGUUGUGUUGGCCAUCAUUAUAGGCACUCAGACUUAUGCAUUUGGUUUUCCCAAGAGCGGGAUAUGGUCUAUCCUGACACUAGGAGUUACGAAAGCUUGGACUUGGUACUUUAUGGCUCGAACUGCUCAGCAUUCUUCCUGGCGCACCGCCGGUGCUGCGGGAAUCUUCAGCAUGGUGGCCACCAUUGAUCCAUCUAUACAUUCUUCCGAUACCCAGGCUUUCUUGCAUCUCGUCGGAUCUCUCAUUGUCCUUGCCCAGACCAUCCACAUCAUCCCAUCGCACCCAAAAGCUAAAUCAGCGCUCUGGUUCUUUUCACUCGUCCCUAUCGUUCCAUUCGUCAGCAACAUGCUGGACAUCAGGACCGCACAAUCUUUACUGAUCCACUCUAAAAAUCAUCCCAUCGAAGCCCUCGUGCGAAACGCCAACGCGAAUUUCGAGACAUUACUCAAGAAUCAGUCAACGACCUACACUGCCGCUCAUCACGAGUACGUCCGUCGCUACGGUAUCCAGCCACCACCCGGUUUCGAAGCCUGGUUCCAGUACGCAAAGGCGCAUGCAUCACCCACCAUCGACGACUUCAAUAUCCUCUACAGCGCUAUUUCGCCCCUUUGGCGUCUUAGUGGGCAAGAGGUUAUGGACGCUAUGGGCCGCGCGUAUAAUGCGCCUCAUAGCGAACUGUGGCUCUGUGAGUUCUCGGGAACGACGGCUCAGACUUCAUGUAGACAUCCGUACCGCACCCGCGACAGGAGUAUCCAGCUCUUCUUUAAUACGGCUCUGGGAGAUCUGCAAGGUGUUUUCCCGGAUAUCAACAUCAAGUUCCUGGUCAACCAUCUUGAUGAGCCGAGGGUUAUCGUUCCGCCGAACUCAGACUCUUCGACGAGGGUCAGUGGACAGUUCACCCUGACCAAUCUCUCCAAACAACCAGUUUGGGACGUCCUUACGCGAUUCUGCUCCACCCAAAUAAAUCAAGCAGUUCAGCAGCACGAGGGACAAGAAAUAAAAGCCGAGCAACCCUCAACUCUUCCUUUCAUCACAAACCACAGCACAGCCCUAGAUCUAUGCCAGCACCCGGACUACAAGACCAUGCACGGGCUGCUCCUCAGCCCAACAAGCCUCCGCCUCUUUGAAGGCCUAGUGCCGAUCCUCUCAACAGGCUCCCUGUCAACAAUGGGCGACAUACUCUAUCCUAGUCCAGCCUACACCGAGCCCGAAUUCACGUACAGCAAAGAUCACGAUGUAGACUGGGAUAAGAAGCGGAAUAACCUCUACUGGGCUGGCUCUACGACUGGCGGGUACGCCGUGAAUGAGCAGUGGGCACGCUUCCAUCGGCAGCGAUUCGUCACUUUAGCGCAGAAUCUAGACAAGCGACGUCAGCAUUCUUACCUCACAGAAGACGAAGAUGGCGGAGUCAGUCUUGCUCGAUCAUCCUUCCUAAACAGCAGACUCUUCGACGUCGCGUUCACCAAAGUCGCCCAGUGCGAGAAGUGGUACUGCCGCGCGCAACGCCAGUACUUCCGGCUCAAACCUCGUGCUCAUAAAGAUGCCGCCCUGGGUUCGCGUCUCGUUUUCGACACUGACGGGAACGGGAUUAGCGGGAGGUUUUACAAGCUCCUUGCGUCGAACUCAGCGGUGCUGAAGCAGGCGCUUCUUCGAGAGUGGCAUGAUGAUCGUCUUGUGCCGUGGGUGCAUUUUGUACCCGUUAGCCAAGGGAUGGAGGAGCUUCCUGAGUUGGUGUCGUAUCUCACGUCGACUGAGAAUGGACAGAGGGUGGCUAGGAAAGUUGGCGAGCAGGGUCGAGAAUGGUUUGCGAGUGCUCUGAGGGAUGUGGACAGAAAUGUCUAUAUUUAUAGACUACUGCUGGAGCUCGCGAGGUUGCAGGACUCCACGAGGUCGGCGCUGUUGUGA